CUAAGAUAUAUAAUAAUUCAAUAUUAUCAGUCUUAAAUGAAUGCAGUAUAUUUGUCUAUAAACAUUUGUGCUCACAAGAUUAUCAGACAUUUUUAUAUCAAUCUUUUUAAAAAUUCUAAUAAUUUCAGAUCUUACCUAAAAUCUUUAAAAGUUUUAGACUCACCAUCGCUGAGUCUGCGAACAUUAUCUGCACAUAUGCUCUCAUAUCACCCGAAAACUGUAAAGAGCAUUAGGCUGAAGUUACUGCAAAGUGAGAAUUUAGUUGUCAAAGUGUGAUUUUGUGCACCAGUUACUUGUAUUGCAGUUCUGCUCGUAGGCCGCUUUGACUCCACAGGGGUUUAGUGCUAACAUCUAGUGGAUGUUAGCGCGGAGCAUCUAAAGGUGCAAGUGAACAGCGUGUCUGUGUUCAUAUCUGGAGAGAGAUGUGAAGCGUGUUUAACGGUGAGCUGCACAGGUGUGUUUAUUUCUGCGUGCGUCAGAGAGUCAUUCGCUUCGGUUCUAUCAACUGAGAAGCAGAUAAGACCUUUUAACUGUUUAGAAACUGUCUUGCAGUAUUUAAGUGUGAAAUAGGUCACAUUUUGUUACAGUCCACGAGCUGUUAUUUUGACUCGCUGCAGGAUGUUUUUAUAGCGCAACCAUCUCUUUUUGGGGAAUUUUGGUUUGUCGGGUCAUGACCCCUUUCAAGUGCCCUAACUAGCUGCCUGGCUGUUGAUUGGCAGGCCGUUCUGGGUGGAUGCCAGUGCUGUUAGGGAGUGUUAAAUACCAGCGGUUUUGGUUUGUUGUGCGGUUCUUGGGUAUUUCAGUAGCACUUCUGCCGAUAAAAGGAAACGAGUUGAUCCACUUCCGUGUCUGUUUAGAGGCCCUCUAAAUUUGAGAGACACACUCCAUGACUUCACUGCCUGUGUGUAAAAUAUCCAGAGCGAUGCAACAGCUGUCGUCUGUUCACUUAUGAAUAACCCUUAUUAUGAAAGUCUUUCUGCCACCGGUGGUCUACACAACGUCGAACCAAGUUUUAUUUUUAUUUUAGCUUCCCCAAUUUUAUUCGUAGCAAAUAAUCUCUUUUAUUGAUUUUAUUGACUUUAGUGAACACCUGCUGUUUUGUUCCUUUUUUUUCCACAUGGUUGUAUUAAACUACAAAAAGCUAUGUUUGAAGUGCGUGUAAGUAUGUGCGUAUCGCGUGAAAUCACGUCCGUUUCUUUGAAAACUGGAACGAAAACUAUUGAAGAUAAGGUAUGUGUCUUCUGAUGAUGUGCUAAGUGCUAAUGUGACACUUCCUUUAAUACUAAGGUGUUUUUGUUUGCGUGCUUUCAGUCUUUUAGGUUAGUGAUAAAGAAGAGGAAAUAUGUCCGGACCGCCACCACCGCCCCCUCCUGGCCCUCCUCCAACCUUCGCACUGGCAAACACAGAAAAGCCAAAUCUGAGCAGAUCCGAGCAGCAAGGGAGAAACGCUUUGCUAUCAGAUAUCAGCAAAGGAGCUCGACUGAAGAAGGCCGUCACCAAUGAUCGGAGUGCCCCGGCGCUGGACAAGCCCAAAGGAGGUGGAGGAGGUGGAGGUGGAGGUGGAGGAGGAGGAGCCCAGGGUGGACUGGUGUGA